AAUGAAUAGCUCGUUAUGUCUGCAUCUGUCGAACAAAUCGUACAAGGGGUUAAUUACCUCCAUAGUCUCAGCACAUGUACAUUUAUUAGGUACUCAAUUCAGAAUGGUAAUGUUAGAGUCACCGUUCAAAGGUUUACUAUUUUUGAGUAUAUAAGUGUGUGAAAUUUCAUUGGAAUCGGCGAGUGGCGGUUGGUAGCGUUAUUUGUCAGAGUGGGAGAGUCAGGAGCGUAUUAUUCACCCCUCUUCGUCGCCCUGUUCACGAACACAGGUGACCGCGUCGUUUCAUGAUCACUCAUAAAGCUCGCUUUCGAACGAUCGACCAAUACAGAGGCCGCGAAACGUUCCCGUGGUGUUGUUCCGCAAAUUCUUCCAAAUCGCGAAACCGUGCAGACUUUCGAAAAUUCGUCACGUUCACGGUGUAAUCCUCCGCGUAAUUCCCGAAAUUCAUGUCAAAUGUUCAGAACAUCUCGUAGAGUUGCCGUGAUCGUCGUACGUGGUAAAUUCGGAGUGUGACGACCGGGAAGAAAUCGUUGGCUCAAAUUCGUAUUCGCGAUAGCAAGCAUGAAGUUCGCCGGAGCGUGGGUGGUUUUUUUGUUGAUAAAACUUUCGUAUGCCGGAAAGUCGGUGGAGAUUCUGCCAUCGGGUGCGCUCAGCACCCUCGAGGAGGAAGAGAUCCUUCGAGUUCUGUCGCACAAUAAAAGCUUCUCCACGAACAAUUUCACGUUGGUUGAAUUAAUCGGACACCUGAGGAACUACACGAUCGAGCCGAGGAAAGAGACGUGGAGGAACGAGAAAUAUGAACAUACGAAUCCGUUUUACGAUGAAUUUUCAGAAGAAAUUGAUCGUGAAGCAAGAAGAUUGUUACAAAUUCUACCGGCGUAUUAUCCAGGUGUUGGUCGAGUGAGCCAAGAAUGCAAAAGGGACGCUGGUAUUUUUUAUCGAGAACUUGCGAAAUUUACUUUAUGGGCCCUUAAAAUGUACGACGCAACGGCAAAAAUGCCAUCCGGUCUCCUGAGCGGAAACCUAAAUCAAUUUGGUGACUUCGAUGAAUGCAUCGGAAUCCAGGGAAGCGAAGGAAUUCAAGGUCAAUAUUGCUUGACGUAUCUGCAAUUGAGUAUCGACGAGACACGUUCAGAUCUCAAGAACCUCGAUCGCCUUCUGCAUUCUCACUAUGCUUUCAGAAGCAACAUUACUGAUCCUGGACACAGAGUGCCCCGAUUCAAUAUAGUGAACUGGGGAGUAUGUACACCAGCAUCAUGUAGUUCCAAAGAUGUCGAAACGUCUGUUCGUGACAUUGUCACAAGAUACACCUCUCAAACAGGUCUCAAGGUUACAGUGAAGGUGAAUGAAGAAAUGUGUCAAGUAAAGAAAGAAUCUAUUCCAAAGGAUACCAUGUAUGUUAGUUUAUUGUUUAUGGCCAUGUUUGUUUUAACAAUCAUAGCAGCAUACUAUGAUCAUUACGAAAUACCUACUAAUGAGCUACUGCUAUGUUUCUCCUUAAAACGUAAUUAUAAGAAGCUUGUAUCGUUAGAACGAAGUCAGAAUGACAUACCUACGCUCCAUGGUGUGCGAGCAAUAAACGCUGCAAUGUUGCUUUUAGCUCACAAAAGCAUGGCUCUUUUUUUUAACCCAUAUGUAAAUAGAACAAAUAUGAGUGAGUACCUUGGUAAACCAUGGACAGUGAUAGGAAGAGCGGCUAGUCUUUACACGGAUCCAUUUAUAAUGCUCUCAGGACUUCUAACGUCGUACUCUUUUAUUGGAAAAUUAAAGAAGACUGGAAAUUUAGACAUAAAAAAUGAAUAUUUAUCUCGUCUGAUUAGACUAGUUCCAUCGUUAGCGGCAUUAAUGUUAUUUUGCACUUAUAUAAUGCCACACAUUGGUUCCGGACCGCAGUGGAACUUGGUAGUAAAUGAACAUGCAAAUAUUUGUAAAAGAACAUGGUGGAAAAAUUUCCUGUUUAUACAUAAUUAUUUUGGAUUCGAAUCAAUGUGUCUCACGCAUACUCAUCAUUUAGGUAUAGAUACUCAACUUUUUAUGUUGUCUCCUGUAAUGGUGCUUCUUCUUCACAAAAGUCCAAAGAUUGGAGCUAUUAUACUUACUAUUUGUGCACUAUUUUCGACUGCACUCCGAUAUUUUGUAACAUAUUAUAAACAAUUAAGUAACUACAUUUUCUUUGGCACAUCAAUUAAGCAAUUAUUUGAAACUGCGAAUUACUCGUACACUCUACCAUCCCAUAGGCUGACUGUUUAUAUACUAGGAAUUUCCGUGGGUUAUUUAUUAAGAUAUUUGCCUAGGGAUUAUAAGAUGAAUAAAACAUCUGUACAAAUAGGUUGGAUUGUGUGCACGAUAAUGUUCUGUUUAGCAUUUUUUGGUCCUGCACACAUGGGAUCAAUAAGUUACAAAUAUAAUGCAGUAGAUGCAGCGAUGUACAAUGCAUUUGCACCUAUUGGUUGGUGUGCCAUUUUUGCUUGGGUCAUUAUAAUGCACUAUACAGGAAAUACAAAUGGUUGGCUUAGUAGGUUUUUAUCAUGGAAAGGAUUUUUGAUCACUACGAGGAUCAGUUAUGCGAUAUAUCUGACCCAAUUUCCCAUAUAUUUUUACAAUGUAGGAAAAACCAGAAGUGCUGAACAUUAUGAAUUCUUUAGUAUGCAAUUCAACUUGAACGAAUUGGUAUGGAUUAUUGUCUUAUCAAUAACUCUUACUUUACUAGUUGAUACACCAGUGCAAAAUAUUAAAAAUUAUCUGAUGAAAAAAUCUCCAGUGCCAGAACCUACGACAAAACUACUGAAAAUACAAUAA